AUGGAUGGUGUCACGUAUACUAGUAUCGCCGGAACCAGUCUCUUUCAGACAGAGGAGGGAUAUUUUGGUUCCAUAUCCCAAGUCUCCCCGGCUGAUGGGUCCCAUCGUGGCACGAAGACAUUCUCAAUAUCCUCAGUUUCGAAACUCACCGAACUUAUUGAGCCGACGCUAUCCCAAUUCUCCACAAGAGCAGAGUAUUGCACAAUGUCCAUCGGAUUGGUCGAUGACUCGAAUAGAGAAGACAUCCGUGAUUCUUUGAACGCAAUAAGCGAAUCUAUUGGUCGGCGGAAUGGCUUUCCAUAUCCAGUCAAACAAUAUGAAGUGACUCACGCAGAUGCUUAUUGUGGGACGCUCCCGUCCGAUGAGAGUAUCUUCUAUAUCAUGUUUCUUGACUUCGCCCCCAAUCGUAUAGCAUCCGAAACUUUGGUGACGGUAUAUGACGAUGACGAUGAGGAUGGGGGUAGGAAGGUGCUCAGGAUUUGGGAAAGCAACGUUAGCAUCGCAGAGUCUGUUUCUCUGGAGGACGCGAUCAGCAGCGUUGCUGUCUAUGCCGGUGAACCGCCUCUUUCUCGCAUUGUGCUCAUCAAUCCCCCUCCAUCCCUCACUCCGACACUUCACGCCACACUUCCCGAAAUUCACCCUGGUGUUCCCAUCAUCGUGUCUUCAGCCUCGGAUAUAUCUCAAGCGCUCGCUACACAUCAAUACCUAGAAUUUGGUAGAUGGUCAAAUUGCUGUUGUUUCAGUGUGGGUACUCGGAUUUGCCCUCCAAUCUGCAUUGCCUCCGCCACAGGCGUUGCCAUGCCCUUAGUGGAUCUGUUGGUAGAUUGGGAUGAGGAUUGCCCUCAGGAAAGAGUUUUCUCCACAUCAGUGGACAAUCAGACGACAGCUACACUGCGGCUUUUGUUGGGUGACCACCCUUUAGCAAAAGAUAACGUCGAGCGGGGCGUCAUUGCCUUGGAAGGAUUGGAUCCAAGGCCGAGGGGUGUUGGGUGCAUCCAAGUCACGGCGACGUCCUUCCCUGAUAUGCAAGGAUUUUGGAAUAUGCUUACAGUCAAAGUGGAGCAGCUGACGGAAGAUGGGCAAAAGUGUCCUCGGACAACAAGCAAGAUGUUUAUUUUUCCCCAUUUCUUCCCCAACAUCCGGGACGAAAAAAGAUAUAUGUUUGAUGCCCGGCGUGGAUACGAAUACAACUCGGAAGAGGUCCAGUGGGAACUUCCGGAAUGA